AACCUGCUCGACGGCCGCUACGCCUGCUUCGGCUACACGGUCGACGGCGCGCGGCUCCUGUCAGACGUCAAGGAGGGCGACAUCAUCGCGUCGGCGAGGGUGAGCUCGGGCGAGAGCAACCUCGUGCUCCCCACCGCGCCCGCGCUGGCGGUCGCCGCCGAGUAG